CCGUUAUCUCCUUGCUUUUUCAGAUAACCAAAAUGCACAUUGCAUCUGAACAAAAUGAGCAUAAGAAUAUAAUUUAUUGAUGAAUGAGGUUUACUAUGAAAUGAUCAGUCUCAAAAACAGACUAGGAAACUGAUCAGACCCUUGUGAUAAAUAUACAAUUUAAGAUUUUUUUUUCCUAACUAAUCAUAUUGAGAUCAUUUAAACUGUGUUCCAUCUAGAAUAGCCUGGUAAUAAACGUUGUUAAUAAUAAUACAAACAAAAUUAUAUUACUAAUUUGUAUUGACAGGUGUCAUAUUUCAACCAUACAUUCAGACCCACACAGAGAGAACCAAUCCGGUUCUUCUCCAGCAGGAGAUAAUUCAGGAUAACAUGCUGAGUCACUGAACACUGCUCUAUUCCAGUGUGUUCCUCCUUCAUCUCUCCUACUCUUCCUCUCAGCUCAUUUCUGCUGCUGUUGCAGCUGUCUCACUGCAGUCCCUCUCCACCAGCCUCCCCCCACUUUGAGUGCCGCAUUGCUGUAUCAAAGUGGGGUGAGUUCAUUACGCACACAGACUUGGACUGUGCCUGUGCCGCCACCUUUGCAGGAGCACAGAGUGUCUGUUUGCUGAGGGGAGAACAGGGUCCGUCUGUCAACUGCAGACAGAAGAAAGCUCCAUCCGUUUCCAUCCUUUCUUCCUGUCCUGUGUCAUCAUGGGGAAAGAGAAGAUCCACAUCAACAUUGUGGUCAUUGGCCAUGUUGAUUCUGGGAAGUCCACCACCACUGGCCAUCUCAUCUAUAAAUGUGGAGGAAUUGAUAAAAGAACCAUUGAGAAGUUUGAAAAAGAGGCUGCUGAGAUGGGAAAAGGUUCCUUUAAGUACGCCUGGGUUCUGGACAAGCUAAAGGCCGAGAGGGAGAGAGGAAUUACCAUAGACAUCUCACUCUGGAAGUUUGAGACCACCAAGUACUACAUUACUAUAAUAGAUGCUCCAGGACACAGAGACUUCAUCAAGAACAUGAUCACUGGGACGUCUCAGGCGGAUUGUGCUGUUCUAAUUGUGGCAGCUGGAGUGGGUGAAUUUGAGGCAGGCAUCUCUAAAAAUGGGCAAACGAGGGAACAUGCCCUGCUGGCCUACACGCUGGGCGUCAAGCAGCUGAUUGUAGCUGUCAACAAGAUGGACUCCACUGAGCCGUCCUACAGUGAGAAACGCUAUGAUGAGAUUGUUAAAGAAGUCAGUGCCUACAUCAAAAAGAUUGGUUAUAGCCCAGCCGCCGUACCCUUCGUCCCAAUUUCAGGUUGGCAUGGUGACAACAUGCUGGAAUCAUCUUCUAAUAUGCCGUGGUUUAAAGGCUGGAAGCUGGACAGGAAGGAGCAGCAUGCCAGUGGCGUUACUCUACUGGAAGCUCUCGAUACAAUCAUGCCUCCAUCACGCCCCACUGACAAACCCUUACGUCUACCUCUACAAGACGUCUACAAGAUCGGAGGUAUAGGGACUGUCCCAGUGGGCAGAGUGGAGACGGGUGUCCUGCGGCCAAGUAUGGUGGUGACCUUUGCCCCAGUCAACAUCACUACAGAGGUGAAGUCGGUGGAAAUGCAUCACGAGUCUCUGACUGAAGCUCUGCCGGGAGACAAUGUGGGCUUUAACGUGAAGAACGUGUCUGUAAAAGACAUACGGAGAGGUAACGUGUGUGGGGACAGUAAGUCAGACCCCCCCCAGGAAGCAUCAGGGUUUACAGCACAGGUCAUCAUUUUGAAUCACCCAGGUCAGAUCAGCGCAGGUUACUCUCCUGUCAUAGACUGUCACACCGCUCACAUUGCCUGUAAGUUUGCUGAGCUUAAGGAGAAGAUUGAUCGCCGUUCAGGCAAGAAGCUGGAAGACAACCCUAAAAGCCUGAAGUCUGGAGAUGCCGCCAUUGUAGACAUGAUCCCAGGAAAACCAAUGUGUGUGGAGAGCUUCUCUCAGUAUCCUCCACUGGGACGCUUUGCUGUCAGAGAUAUGAGACAGACUGUUGCAGUCGGUGUCAUAAAAAGCGUGGAGAAGAAGAUCGGCGGCAGCGGGAAAGUGACUAAAUCGGCCCAGAAAGCUCAAAAAUCUGGCAAAUGAAUCUGAAACUCCAAAUUACAUUGUCACCUCAGGCCUCGCCCCAGCUUACAUGCCCCCUUCAUCUGGGCAUGCUCAGUCUUUUCCCCCCCGUGUGCUUGAAAUAUAUGCUCGAACCAACAUUUGAUCGACUGAAGGAAAUAAUGAAAGACUGACGUGAACACAUUUUGACUGGUUGCACUGUAUAUUCACUUUUAAUAGCAGACCCGUACACAAGUUGCAUGGAUGUCUGUCUGGAUAUAUGCACGGCAUCUGUUAAAUGAAUGUAGCUGGUAUUGCUGAGUAAUGUGUGAGUGUGUGUUUGUGUGUAUGUGUGCUGUAAAGAAAUCAGUGGAAAACUCCACUUUGACCAGUAUAACAAUAAUUACAAUGUCCAAAGGAAAUAAACUGCUGAAGUUUUGUAUAAUUUAUAGCAUUGAUAAGUAGCUAAUCAAUCCAAAGCACCAUUUGUCUCCUUUCAGACCCUUGCAGCUGAAACCUGUGACGAAUAAAUAAAAUGUUGCCCAAGUACAUGAGUUUAUAAA